UUGUCAACGAAGCGGCGAGCGGUAAUUAAUCUGGUCUCGAGCGCUAAUUCGACUCGAGGCGACCCCUCCCUCCCCUCCCCUCCCCCCGGGGUGGUCCCCGCAGACUACUUGGAUACGGUAUACGGGCCGGGGGACGCAUGCGCUCUACUGACGCGGACUUGGGACACGGGACGAGCCACGAGCGACGAGCGGGCUAGACCACGUACUGAUCACAAUACAUUUUGCUUACCACAAACCAGCGGCAUCGUCAACGAAUUUCCAUUACAAGCCAGUGGCAAUCCCACCGCCGAGUCACCCCCGACCGUCACGCCCCGCUCCCCGCCGCCCCCUCCUCCGCGCCCCCGACAGCCGCCCUCGUCCGCCAAACAAUAA